CGAGAUGCCAAUGUAGCCUGGCUCAGUCAACUGUUCGCCUCUACGCGUGUAGCUGGUGUGGUCGUCUGGGCGGGGCUGGCCGAUAACGCAGGAACAUCUGAUCGUGUUUUACGACCUUUCCAGCUGGGAAAUUCUUGUUCCUACUAGACCGGACCAUCCCAGCCUGCCACCAUGGAUGACAUUUUCCACUGGUGCCGUGAAGGCAACAUGCUCCAAGUCAGGAUGUGGCUAGACGACACUGAGCAUGACCUCAAUCAAGGUGAUGACCAUGGAUUUUCCUUACUGCACUGGGCGGCAAAGGAGGGUCAGAUGAAUGUUGUUGAGCUUCUGCUGAGUCGAGGCUGCCGUGUGUCUCCCACCAACCUUGGUGACGACACCCCACUUCAUUUGGCUGCUGCUCAUGACCACAGAGACAUUGUUUGCACUCUUCUGCGUCAUCGUGCUGAAGUGAAUAAAGUGAAUGAGCAUGGCAAUACUGCCCUGCAUUAUGCCUGCUUCUGGGGCUAUGAGAACAUAGCUGAGGAUCUGAUUGAUGCGGAUGCUAGCGUUGCUAUUGCUAACAAGUAUGGCGAUGUUCCUCUGGAUAAAUGCAAGGGCUCUAUGGCAAAGCGGCUGCACAGCUUGGCUGUGCAGAAUGGACAGAAGCUUGAGAGGGUGGCCUUCAAGGAUCAGAGUUGGCUUGGCCUCAAGACUCGCAGCAGGGACGCAACUCUCUCCCGCCACAAGGGGAUCAACAUCCAAGACCUGUCACUCCAGCUGAAGAUUGCAGACACGCCGUCUGGCGAGAUGUGGCGCGGCCGUUGGCAGAAUAACGACAUCGUAGCCAAGAUACUCAGACUGAGGGAAGUAACCGACCGAAUCUGCCGCGACUUCAACGACGAGUUCCCAAAACUUAGGAUUUUCUCGCAUCCAAACGUGCUGCCGGUGGUUGGAUGCUGCAACUCGCCUCCCAAUUUGGUGGUGAUCACGCAGUACCUGCAGUACGGGUCGCUCUUCAACGUGCUGCAUCAGAGCGAUGGCAAUAUUGUGCUGGACACCUCGCAGGCCCUCAAGUGGGCCCUUGACAUCACCAAAGGCAUGGCCUUCAUCCAUUCACUGAACAAGAUAGUUCCAAACCUGUACCUGUCCUCGAAACAUGUCAUGAUUGACGACGACUUGACGGCCAAGAUCAGCAUGGCGGACGCCAAGUUCACCUUCCAAGAAAAAGGCAAAAUUUACUCCCCGCAGUGGUUCGCUCCGGAAGCUCUUGUGAAGAAACAAAAGGACCUGAACAUCAAGGCGGCUGACAUGUGGAGCUUCGCUAUAGUACUGUGGGAGAUGGCCACCAGGGAGGUGCCCUUCGCUGACCUCUCACCAAUGGAGGCCGGAAUGAAGAUCGCAACUGAAGGAUUGCGCGUGUCGCUGCCGCCUGGCCUGUCGCCUCACAUCUGCAAGCUCAUCAACAUCAGCAUGAACGAGGAGCCUGGCAAACGCCCAUCUUUCGACAUGCUCCAGCCAAUCCUCGAGAAGAUGUGCUCGCAGUAGUUAGAAUAUCGGACAACUAUCUUCUUCAACGGAGAUGCUUAGACUGUGUUGCCUGCAAGAACUUUUAUUAGGUUUCUGUGGUCAGCACCAGUAAAUGAUGCUUCCAUGCGUGGUCGUCUGAUGUGACCAUAGCCGGUCGAUCAGAACGACUGGUAACUCAAGUGCCUAGUUAAUUUCUCUGCAAAGUGCGAUUUCUCAUGUAAACGAUUGUGCUAACUUUUAACUUGUUGAAGAAGAUGCUUCGUACGACUCAAAAAUUGACCCUUCCAUGUUUAGUAACGGAAAUUAACUUAUGAUCUUCUCAGUCAAUAUUACGAGUAUGUGUCAAUUCCUGCUGAAUUAUGAAAGCUGCUAGUCUGUCUCAGAGUUGAAGCAAUUCUGUUGGCAUCUUUCGCUACUCUAAAUAUUGCCUUCACAUAGAUUAUAUUGUGGCUGGACUCUUCUUGUGCCUACGACUCUUGAUGUUUAGAGUUUUCUAACCCUAGUGCUUUUCAAACUGGAAUUAGUAUCACUAAAUUUGUUGAUGUGUGUCUUGAAAUGGCCUUAAAUUAUGUAUUCUUAAAUGUUGAAGUAUUAACAAAAUAAUUUUAAAGUGUGCAAUAUUAACAGCUAUUUGUCAAUAAAUGUAACUUUUAUUCGGCAGAUCUUUGCCUGGUUCAACUCAACUACUAUUAAGUUAAUUGAGCUCCUGCCAUUUGCUGAUGUUGCCAAUUUGUAGUGGCUACUUAAAUAAUAAGAAGCGAGGUUCCCAGCGCUCGCCUCAUGCAGUCGAAAAAUUAACAUUUCCGUGUCUUGCUGUGCCUCCGGUGACGUUGCGCGAGUUGUCUUCCUUCACUGCCUAAAUAUAACUUAAGUUAUAAUUAAGAACGAACUCUUCUCUAAGAUUUAAAUAGAAAUUUGCUUAUAUUUGUGCACCCGAUUGUUUGAAAUAAAAUGUGUAUAGUUUAAGUAUUAAACGAUGUUAGAACUUAUUGAGGACUGUAGUACAAAUUUAUUGCUGUAACGAAGCCUCUUGCUACUUACAAGUGUAUCAACACCGAGUUUCUAUCGUUCGAAGCUGCAUACGCUCACUCUUAAUUCCACCAAAGCGUGUAAGAUGAAAGUUAUAUCGGGUUCCACGCAUAGAAGCUUUGGUUCAGGACUAUUCUUGGUGAACUGGGACAUGUUAGCUGUGUCUGGUGCAGUAUCGUGUAUGUGGCGCAGUGUCAAGUAUAAGUUGCGUAUAACUCAAUAAGGCAAAGCUACCUUCUUUUUCAUUUGUACCUAGAUUUUGAUCUGCAUGCAGCAUCUUGCACAGCCUUGUGUGUCUUUAGAUUCUCGCAUAGGAAAUAGAAAAUAAAUCCACGGUUAUCGUACUUCAUUGUUCAUACCUCUGCAUGAAAAGUUUUGAAGCGAAUCUUAUGGGGCUGUGUCCUUAAUAUAUUCAUUGUUGUUUAUUAAUGAACGACUUACCUGUCUAUAGAAUCGAUAUCUUUAUUACAUGAUACUAAUUGAA